UGUCGGUUCAAUGUCUAAAAUUAAUUUUGUUACUUUUAAACUGAGAGACCUAAUUUAAUUUAGUCUAAAAAUAUCACUAAGAUUUUAAUUCUUACAGUGUUUAAAUAUUUUUGGAAGGCUUGUAUUUCUUUUACUUCCAUAUUGUACAUUCUCUUUUUUUUACAGUCAACUGUGAUAAUUUAAGACACUUUGUUCGCUUACCUUGCACCCAAAUGUUGGUUGCUUCAAAAUAUCUUUGGUUCCAUCACAAUCACCAUCAUAACCCAUUGUACUGGUACAAGUCCAGAAGCCAAAUGAGAAUAUCUUUCCACCAUUUACUCCAUCAACUAUCUAUCGCUUCAUCUAUAACUGUGUUUUAAUUUGGUGAGCUGCUCUAUCACCAUUGUUCAUCAUAGUUCAUAAACAAAGAACCUAGUCAACAACUUUUUUACUUUGGUAAUUGAAGGUUGUAUAAGUUCACCAAUUAAAGAUGGAUCCAGAGCAAUUUCUUGAUAUUGCUAAUGCCGUGAUUAAGAUAAAAGUGUUCCCAUACUUUGAGAUGGCCCAUGCAGUGAUUAGCUGUCUUUACAUAAGGGAAGAUCUAGGUUCAGGAUCACAUCCUUUCUCGCGAAAACACCCUUUCUCAUGUUGGCUAUCUUCAAUGGUCAACAUCUAUGCCAGUGUUAUUUUGGCCAACUUUCUUCUUGGUGAACCCAUCAUAGGUGCUUUUAAAAAUCCGAAUCAAAUUAUCUUAUCCACUGUCGUCUGGUAUCUUAUAUUUUACUCGCCCUUUGAUUUUGCUUAUAAAGCAUGCAAAUUUAUUCCCUGUAAAGUUAUUUUAUCCGCUAUGAAGGAGGUUAUCCGAUGUAAAAAGAUUUAUGAUGGUGUUUCUCAUGCUUCAAAAGUAUAUCCAAACGGAUUUAUCAUAAUGGUUAUCGUAGGGACAGUUAAAGGUAAUGGUGCAGGGUUUAUCAAGAUUAUUGAACGUUUAAUGAGAGGGGUUUGGACACCUAAUGCCAUGGAAAUUUUAACACCAUCUUUUGCAACCAAAGCUUCAAUUGCUGCUUCGAUUAUUUUUAUCAUUGACAAGAAAACUGAUUGGAUCUCAGUUCCUCAUGCUCUCAUCUACUUUGGAGUAGUCAUCUUCUUUGUAUAUUUCAAAUUAUCUUCCAUGCUACUUGGAAUCCAUGAUCCUUUUAUUCCAUUUGAAAAUCUCUUCUGUGCCAUCUUCUUAGGAGGUGUUUGGGAUGCAUUGAGUCACAUUAUAUCAAAUGCCAAGAAAGGUGAUGAUAAUGGUCCCAAGGUUGAGAUACCAAGAAGAGAUGAAACGAAAAAGAAGGAUUGAAUGACUAAUGAAUUACUAUUAAUAAUAUUUAGCGAAUCUGUUACAAAUUGCUUUUAAUCGGACGAAUCAACUUAAGAUAAACACUCAUUUUUGCAUUACUCAUCAUGUUAUUUAAUUUAUCAUUAAAUUUACAUCCAUUUUGUACAUAAGAAAAAGUACAAAAUUAAA